UCUCCCCUCCCCUCUCACCUCUUUUCCCUCCUUCCUCCUCAUUGCUGGGUGCUCACACUGACUAGCCCGCAGCCAGACAGCUCUGCGGUGUCUCUCCCGCUGGCUGUGCUUUAAACCAAAAUCCCAAGAAACCCAAAUCAUUCCAAAGGAAGUCUAAAGGCUCAAACCAAAGAGCAGAGAGUCCAGUUCUGCAGCACCUGUCACACAGUUCAGCGGACGUCACGUUCAACCAAGUUUGGAACCGAGCUGAAGAUUCCAGCGGCAGCCAUGACUCAGAGCAACGGGGAGAACCCACAGAGGACGCGGAGUGGCCUCCACCAGAUCCGAGCCGGGAUCCAGUCCAGGUCGUUGCGGGCCAAGAAGAGAGUGGAGAACAUCACAAAGAACGACGUCAGGGGCUUCUUCGUUAGGAACGCCUUUGUGAUCUUCACCGUGGCCGCCGUCAUUAUUGGCAUCAUCCUGGGCUUCGCGCUGCGGCCUUAUAACAUGUCCUACCGUGAGGUGAAGUUCUUCUCUUUCCCGGGAGAGCUGCUGAUGAGGAUGCUCCAGAUGCUGGUGCUGCCGCUGCUGGUUUCCAGUCUCAUCACUGGUAUGGCAGCUCUGGACAGCAGGGCUUCUGGCAAGAUGGGGAUGAGAGCGGUGAUGUAUUACACCAUAACCACGGUCAUUGCGGUGUUCAUCGGUAUUGUCAUGGUGCUCAUUAUUCACCCAGGGAAAGGAUCGAAGGAUGAGUUCACCAAGCAGCAGCAGAUAGAACAGGUCAGCCCUGCUGAUGCCUUCCUGGACCUCAUCAGAAACAUGUUUCCUCCAAACCUUGUUGAGGCUUGUACCAAACAGUUCAAGACGCAGUACGCCAAAAGGAUCGUUCAUGUGAAGAUGACAGUGAACGACACGGUAUUCGCACUCAACGGUAGCCAGGAAAUCACCCGGGAGGAGAUGAUCCCGGUGCCGGGGGCGGUCAAUGGGGUGAACGCCCUGGGCCUGGUGGUGUUCUCCAUGUGCUUCGGCCUGAUCAUCGGGAGCAUGAGGGAGCAGGGGCAGCCCCUCAAGGACUUCUUUGACUGCCUCAAUGAGGCCAUAAUGAGGCUGGUCGCGAUAAUCAUGUGGUACGCGCCCGUCGGUAUUUUGUUCCUGAUUGCCGGCAAGAUCGUGGAGAUGGACGACAUCACGUCCAUGGGCGGCCAGCUGGGAAUGUACACGGUGACGGUGAUCUGCGGCCUGCUGAUCCACGCCAUCGUGGUCCUGCCCACGCUCUACUUCGUCAUCACCAGGAAGAACCCCUUCGUUUACAUCGCCGGGCUGCUGCAGGCGCUCAUAACGGCCCUGGGGACGUCCUCCAGCUCCGCCACUCUGCCCAUCACUUUUAAAUGCCUGGAGGAGAACAAUAAGGUGGAUAAGCGCGUGACCCGCUUCGUGCUCCCCGUGGGCGCCACCAUAAACAUGGACGGCACGGCUCUGUACGAAGCCCUGGCAGCCAUCUUCAUCGCUCAGGUCAACGAUUAUGACCUCAACUUUGGACAGAUUCUCACCAUCAGUAUCACCGCCACCGCAGCCAGCAUCGGUGCGGCUGGAAUCCCUCAGGCUGGCCUGGUUACAAUGGUGAUCGUGCUCACGUCGGUAGGCCUGCCCACCGAUGACAUCACCCUCAUCAUCGCUGUGGAUUGGUUCCUGGACCGACUGCGCACCACCACCAACGUCCUCGGCGACUCCAUCGGUGCAGGUAUAGUUGAACACCUGUCCCGCCACGAGCUGCAGAACAAGGACCCGGAAACGGGCAACUCUGUGGUGGAGGAGGCGGAAAAGAAGCCGUACCAGCUCAUCUGCCAGGAGAACGAGUACGAGAACGAGAGGCCUGCAGACAGCGAGACCAAGAUGUAGGGGUGCGCGUCGCGCUUCGGGUCACACGCACUAUUAGGAAAAGCACUGCUGUUCAUCUCAUGUGACGAAUAAAAGGCGACUCUAGACAAUAUGUUCUCCUAGACUCAGAUUAGAGGCCUGACAGCAUUCGCAUUACCUGCUUCUUCUAAGAAUUUGUGUUGUGAUGAUUCCCAUGGGUAAUUUUCUGAGUGGUCUGUGGUCUUCAUGUCAUAUUCCACUACGCUCAGAACUCUGCUGACCGUAGAGGCCAGUACUGCUGUGGGUCGCAUUCUGCAGAAGGUCGGAGGUCAUAUUUGCACAGACUGUUUCUGGCUUUAUCCUUUUGAUUUGCCUUUGUUUUCACUGAGUAGUGUUGCAUAUGAACAGUGUGGUCGAAAUGAUGGUAAAGAUCUGUGUAGUAUAUCAGCUUUAUAGAUUACGCUCAGCUGCCAAUUUAUAAACUUCUGUACAGUUCUAUAGGAUUAGGAAACAUGAAACAUGUAAUUAACAUUAGGGAACAGAUGCUUGUGUUCCUAGUCUUUCCAAAUCUGGAUUAAUAAGUCGUUUGUCUCGACUACACAUCCUCAAACCAAUCACAACAAUCAUUGAGGCUGACAAACCAAAGUCACACAGCCACGUUUUCUCUUUAAGUUGAAUUAUUUGAAAAGUGUAACCGGCACCAAAAAUAAAAAAUAAAAAAAAACUACCAAAAAUAUUAAUAAACCUUUGUACAUCUUAGUUAUUAUUCCAAUUUAUGUCCAAACAAAUUGUUAACCCACAAAAAAUAGGAUUGUUUUAAACACAACAAUUAUGUUUCUUAUAAAUCGUAUUUAACUUUCAUAAGGUUUUAAAAGUAUUUGCUUUAAACAUUUGCAUGUCAGAAUUAAAAUAUGGUUUAUGUUAAAUUAGCAAUUAGGUAGUAGGUUGGAUUUGUCAAAUUUUAUUCACAUCCAGUAGAUAAUCUUAAAUUUUGCUAUAACAUAGAAAUAUGUGGUAUAAAUAUUGGACUUCAUUUCGUUCCCCAUCUUUUUUUAGUUAAUUUGUAAGCAAUGUUUUGAAUUGUAGCUCUUUUGAAUUAUAACAAAUGUAACAUUCAUGUACAAGUUGCUUUGUAUAGAAACUUCUGAAUAUUCUGUUUGUAUAGAGAAGUGUAGAUAAACUGUACAUUAAUUGUAGAUUUGAAUGGUAACGCAUUACUUGAGAAUUGUGUAUGUAAUGUACUGGAACAAUGCUCUUGUAAGUGACCAAACUAAUAAUCCCUCAUUCUUUAUGUGAAACUGAUUGUUAGGGUCAAAUGCUUUUCUUUAUAUUUGAGGAAAUGGAAUAGAUGUCUUGUUUACAGGUGCUGGUGAUAUGACCAUUUCUCUCAAACAAACAUGUGAGUGCAUACACACAAAGAAGAUGGAAUAACAUUUGUAGUUUUGUUUUACAUUGAUUUUUUUAAUAAAAAUGAAAUCAGCA